GGCAAUGUUUAGGCUGUAUGUUCUAGUGACGGUUUUGUUGGCAACGUGGAAUAGGGAUGAAUGUGUGGCACUAACGGUGGCUGAGCGGACCAGGGAGCAGAUCAAGCUGGCAAGGGCAGCUAUCAGACGCUCAGACAUGGCACCUUCAUACCUUCGUAUAGCCCACUUUGGACACCCGAAGGGAAGGGGGAUAGUUGCAGGCAAGGACUUUGAUGUCGGCGACUUUAUUACCUACUACCAUGGGAAAUAUUGUGUUGAGGAGCCAAUAUUUGACGAGUACACCUUUGACCUCAAGUACCGCCGCCAUGCAGCUUGGCAAGUACCCGAUGUUGCCUUUCAGGCGAGAAAACAGUUGAAGUAA